AUGGUAACCGUAAAGGGCAAACCUCAUGCAAAACAUAAUAUGCUCAAAUAUUCCCAGCUUGCCAAGGAAAAGGAAUUCAACCCAGAGGAACCAAAUGAGGGGCUGGGUUCCAUCCUCCCCACCUUCCUCCCAUUUGAAGCCAGUAGCCAGGAGCAGGAGCAGGAGGAAGGGGACAGGGAGGUGGUGGUAGUGGGCUUCGGGGAGGAAAUCAAGGACAGCAGCACCCCUGUGCUCCUCAGUGAGGAGGCGCUGGCAGACCUCCUCCAGGGCUCUGAUGAGGAGGAUGUGGAGGAGCAGGAGGAGCAGGAGGCCGUGCCAGAGGAACAGGCUCGCCAGGAGGGGAAGGAGGCCGCCGAGGCAAGUGACGCUGACAGCGAAGAGGAGGUGAAGAGGAAUGAGGAGGAGAAAGAUGAGGAGCAGGCAGUAGAUAAGGACGAGGCUGAUAGCCAGGAGGACGCGGAGAAGAAACCGGAAGAGCUCAAAGCAGAGGAGGACAGUGACAGCAGCACAGAGUCUGAGAUCCCCGUGGAUUUAGACUACGCCAGUGACAGCGACGGCUCCGAGCCUGAGCUGGAGGAGGCCAAGGAGGUGUCCAAGGAGGAGCAGCAGGAGGAGGAGGAGAUCCCUACUGUCAUGGCCGACUACGACCCUGAGACAGGAGAGUUCUCCGAGAAAAAAGAAGAAGAGCACGACAACGACAAAGCGAAAGACGGAGACGUGACUCCCCACAAGGUCCACAAUGGUGACAGCAAAGAUGGGGACAGCGAUAGCUCUGAUGUCCUCCAAGUGCGGCUGACGGGAGACGAGGACAACAAGGAAGAGAAGCAGACCAACGACAGCGGCAGCAGCAGCACCAAGGGCAAAGGCCGGAAGCAGAGGAAGAACCAGCAUAAGAGGAAGGGGGAGAUGCAAGGGGACCAGCCAUUCCCCGGACAGCCCACCAACUCUGGCCACCGACAGAUGCUCGACCAGCAGAAGACACCAACCGAAUCCACCGACAACAACGCCCAGAAGGCCAAGAGGAGGAGAUCUGGCAAAUGGGCCCCGAUGAUUGGCAUGAACCCGGUCCAGAUCCGGGCCACGGUGGAGCUGUACCCCAGCCUGAGGCCCCACCCUGCGCUGCCGGGGCAGGCAGCGGAGACCAAUCCUUGUGAAAAUAUCAGAUGCAAACGUGGAAAGGUCUGCAAAGUAGGACAAGACAAUAAGCCUGUUUGUGUUUGUCAGGAGGCGUCAGACUGUCCUACUAGCGUUACAGAAUUUGAUCAUGUUUGUGGGACAGAUAACAAGACCUAUGACACCUCUUGCCAGCUGUUUUCCACAAAGUGCCAUCUGGAGGGAACAAAGAAAGGACACAAGCUGCACUUAGAUUACACUGGUGCUUGCAAAUUCAUUCCACCGUGCCUGGGCACAGAGCUGGCUCAGUUCCCCCUGCGCAUGCGGGACUGGCUGAAGAAUGUGCUGCUGCAGCUCUAUGAACACGACACCAUGGCCCCCGGCUUCCUCACCCCGAAGCAACGAGCCAGGGUGCAGAAGAUCUAUGAGAGUGAGAGGCGGCUGCAUGCUGGGGACCAUCCCAUUGACCUCCUUGCUCAGGACUUUGAGAAGAACUACCAGAUGUACAUCUACCCUGUACACUGGCAGUUCGCUCAGAUGGACCAGCAUCCAGCAGACAGGUUCCUCUCCCACUCGGAGCUGGCCCCGCUCAGAGUUCCCUUGGUUCCCAUGGAGCACUGCACCUCAGACUUCUUUCAGCAGUGUGACGCCGACAAAGACAAACAAGUGUCUUUCAAGGAGUGGGGUCACUGCUUUGGCAUCAAGGAGGAUGACAUGGACCCUCAUCUACUCUUCUAGCCAGCUGAGGUACCUCAUACAGUGAGACAGAGAGCUUUAGUAGGAUUUCUGUAACAGGUGCUGAGCAGACAGAAAUCUACCUACUCAGACUGUG